GUUAUAUCAGCAACAUAUGGAAAUAUGGGGCGUCCGCACUGGUCUGGCACCUCACUGUACGUACAUAACUUGCUAUGUACAUAUAUGAAUCUAGUUGCCUAGUUUUUAUCUAUGGCUACACUCACUUACUUUAUUUCUACUUUUAUGCUGGGAGUAGAUAUUACCUGAGUUAUGUAUUUUGAUCUGUGUAGGUGUCCUUGAAGAUCACCAUGCGCCUGGGUGCUGCAUUAACCUUCAUUACCUUCUCCGAGCUUGCCUCUGGUCGCAUUUAUCAACGGCGUCGUCUGUUUGCUCCCGAGUCACAACAUGUCAUUGGAAAUAGUCCCACAGCUGAUUAUCGACUAUCUCAGCAACCAAUAUCAUUAGUUUCAUCCAGGAUACCAGGGCCGCUGAAAGGCUUCAUUGCUCUCGGCGACUCCUACAGUGCAGGAAUCGGCACCGGUGUAGAUGGCAAGGAGGAUGAUUGUCGACAUGGACUAGGCUCUCAUGCCCAGCUCAUUGCUACUGACUUGCUUGCUAGUCAUGGCGGACGGAAUUCUUCGGCUUUUCAAUUCCUAUCAUGCACGGGAGCUACAACCCAGGAUAUUAUAUCCGGUAGCGGUGAUAGUCAGGUCGACACUUUCAAUACCUCACUGCCGAUAGAUUUGGCACUAUUAUCUAUCGGGGGUAACGACCUCGGUUUCUUCGAUGUUAUCAAUGCGUGCGUUUUCCGCUUUUAUAACUUCUAUUCGGGCACGUGCGAGGCCGCGCUCGCAAACACCAAGGCCCAACUUGAGAGCGACGAGUUCGAUCAACGCCUAGAUAUCAUUAUCAUGGAGAUACUCGACAAGGUCCGCUGGGAGAAGAAACCUGAUUUCUUCAUCACCAUCACCGGUUACGCUCGAUUUUUCAAUGAGCUCACCGAGGAGUGCGACGAUAUGAGUUUUGGUAUAUGGUGGAAUGGGCCAAAGCUGAAGAAGGAUCUGAGGAUAAACAUGAACGCUAUGGUCCUCACCGUCAACGCUAAAAUCCGGAAGACGAUUGAUCUUGUGAACUCUCGAUUCACCAAAGAUAAGCUAGUAUUUAUUGAUUACGACCAAGAAUUCGAUGGCCAUCGGUUUUGUGAAGAGGGUGUGAAGGAACCGGACUACGACCGCAAAGACACAUGGUUCUUCCUCAUCGGUGGCCCUGACAAUGCUAGGAAUAACACCGAAUCGAAACAUAAUUCCGACCUCGCAACUUUGCCCCCGAACUCAGCCUUGGUAAAUCCGGCAUCGUGUCUUGAGCCAGCCCAGAGAUCCGGGGACUGGGGCGAGCUGGCCCUGUGCUAUAUGGCGAUGGCGAAGCAAGAACCGAAUCUACAAUUUGCCCGGGGAGACUUCGUCGCGGAGAACUCCAUGUGGUAUGUCCCCACGUACUAUGGGAAGACGUUCCAUCCUAGGUCCCUUGGCCAUGAGGUUAUUAGGAACAAGAUAUAUGAAGCAUGGCGUGCGCGGGAAUAACCAUCGUCUGUUAAGUUGCGCGUAGCGUUCCAAUACGUCUUACCGUGGGGGGGAUCAUUAUGAACAUUUAGGGAGAGUAUCUACUUUAGCGAUGCAUUUUAGAGGUUUUGAUAGGAGUUACAUGAUAGACGGCAUACCAGUGGAGAAUGGAUAUUCAGAUUGUGUGUAUUAUGAGUUUAUUAAGAUCUAGUUAGGUAUCUAUUUACCUGGCAUUAAGU